CACAUGUCGUCCUUAUGUUACUGAUUUGAAUGGUUGAGAGACAUUGUUGACGUCCUUAAUUCACCACAACCAGCAUUUUUACAUUGUGUUUGACAGCGAAAUGGUUUAAAAUGACUACUUGGUACCAAAUAAAAGCUCAAAAGACCCUCCCCCACCCCCCAAAAAAAAAAAAAAUCAAAGGCAAUCGGACCGAGCCGAGGGAUUGGCGGGAUUUCAGGGAAUUUAAGGAGAAAAUUCCAUGGAACUACACGUAAGGAAGGUCUAGUAUUAAAGGAGAGCAGUUAAGAGAUUAAGAUAAAACCAAGUGGGUGGUCAGGGAAGGGUUGAUACAUCAAAAUGCAUGUGCAGGUGGGGGCCUAAGUCUUAACUGGAACAUCUGCAUGUGCAGGGUUUGAUCGUUGUAAAUGACUCCCGAAUGUACGAAAAUCUGUUUCUUGGUCUUGCUUUUCUCUCUUUAACAUCACAAUUGCUUUCUUGUCUCUUCUUUCUAUUCAAGUCCACAUCGAACCGCCCUUUUGUUUCCUAUAUAAUCCCUUUCUUUCCAGCCCUUUUAUGUCACAAACAUCAACCACUAACAUACCACACAACAGCCUUUUGAUUAGCCUCUUUCUAUUUGUCAAAAAUGGCAACAUCAGCAGUUUCUGCAACUUCUCUUCUGCUUUUCAUCUUCGGUUUUUGCUUGCGAGGCGCCUUUGGUGAUUAUGGGGGAGGAUGGCAAGGUGGCCAUGCUACAUUCUAUGGGGGCGGUGAUGCAUCUGGCACAAUGGGAGGCGCUUGUGGAUAUGGUAACUUAUAUAGCCAAGGUUAUGGGACCAACACUGCAGCACUUAGCACUGCUUUGUUCAACAAUGGCCUCAGCUGUGGUUCUUGUUAUGAAAUGAGGUGUGAUAGCGACCCCAAAUGGUGCCUGCCUGGAUCCAUUACCGUCACUGCAACCAACUUCUGUCCCCCUAACUUGGCCUUGUCCAAUGAUAAUGGUGGCUGGUGCAAUCCUCCUCUACAGCACUUUGACUUGGCUGAGCCAGCCUUCUUGCAAAUUGCUCAGUACCGGGCUGGAAUCGUCCCCAUUUCAUUCAGAAGAGUCCCCUGUAUCAAGAAAGGAGGAAUCAGGUUUACAAUCAAUGGUCACUCUUACUUCAACUUGGUCCUCAUUACAAAUGUUGGUGGUGCUGGAGAUGUUCAUUCAGUAUCAAUCAAAGGUUCCAAAACAGGAUGGCAAUUAAUGUCGAGGAACUGGGGCCAAAACUGGCAGAGCAACUCUUACCUCAACGGUCAAAGUCUUUCAUUCCAAGUCACCACAAGCGAUGGAAGGACUGUGACCAGCUACAACGUGGCACCGGGAAAUUGGCAGUUUGGACAAACAUUUGAGGGCGGUCAGUUCUAGAGUUUCAGGACAGUAAAGGGUCUUUAAAUGGAAGCUUGUAUAUGUAAUAGCCAUUGUUUGAGAUAGGGGAAGGUAUAAGAAGGAGAGUUAGGGUAAAGGAGAGGCUCAGCCGGCCCCAUAUGGCUGUCAAUUGCUGAGGUGAUUUAUUGGCACCCGCUAGGCCUAUACAGAUAUCUUUACUUGAUUGAUGAUGAUCAAGGAUAUUUUCAUCUGUUUGGCUUUUGUUUAAUUCAUCAUAGCCAUGCCAUGAAAUGAAUCAAAAUAUAUAUUUAAAAGA